CAGCUGGCCAGGGGCCCAGCACAUAACUUUGGGCGGUUGCAGUCUGGGGCCUCAGACAACCAGCCGCUCUGAGCCGAACAGACAGCAUGAAGGCCUUCCUGCCUCUGGCCCUGCCGCUGCUGCUGCUGCUUUUCUGGAUGCCUCCAUGCAUCCCCCAGGCCACCGGGAUCCGGGGAGACGCUCUGGAGAAGUCUUGCCUGCAGCAGCCUCUGGACUGCGAUGACAUCUACACGCUGGGAUAUCAGAUGGACGGUGUGUACCUCAUCUACCCCUCGGGCCCCAGUGUGCCAGUGCCUGUCUUCUGCGACAUGACCACCGAGGGCGGCAAGUGGACGGUCUUCCAGAAGAGAUUUAAUGGCUCCGUAAGUUUCUUCCGGGGCUGGAACGACUACAAGCUGGGCUUCGGCCGUGCAGACGGGGAGUACUGGCUCGGGCUGCAGAACCUGCAUCUCCUAACACUAAAACAGAAGUAUGAGCUGCGAGUGGACCUGGAGGACUUCGAGAACAACACAGCAUAUGCCAAGUAUAUUGAUUUCUCCAUCUCCCCCAAUGCGGUCAGUGCGGAGGAGGACGGCUACACACUCUACGUGGCAGGCUUCGAGGACGGCGGGGCAGGUGACUCCCUGUCCUACCACAGUGGUCAGAAGUUCUCCACCUUUGACCGGGACCAGGACCUCUUCGUGCAGAACUGUGCAGCCCUCUCCUCAGGAGCCUUCUGGUUCCGCAGCUGCCACUUUGCCAACCUAAAUGGCUUCUACCUGGGUGGCUCCCAUCUCUCUUAUGCCAAUGGCAUCAACUGGGCCCAAUGGAAGGGCUUUUACUAUUCCCUUAAGCGCACCGAGAUGAAAAUCCGUCGGGCCUGAGGGCUGGCCCUGUCCCACUGCACUCCUCCCAGCUUUCCUGCAUCUCCAUGAGUGUCUCUCUGCCCUUUAGGCCCGAAAUGAUGCUCCUGCUGUUCCUGUGCACUAGCUUCUCAGGUAGCCUUGCAAUUCUCAGGCUUGGCUGACCUCUAUCACCACCCAAGGUGACCAUUUCUAAGCCAGGCCUAUUCCCUCCAUCAGAGGCUACUGUGCCUGGCUGGGCUUCAUGAGGCUCACAACUGCCUCCCUCCAACCAAACAGCUGAAAGCCAGGCACGGGCUUCUGUGUCCACCUUAGCCAGCUUCUUCACUGUGGACUACUCUGUCUGUCUGGGCCACCCUAGACUGAGCAAUGCAGUCUAUUCCAAGCCACUUGGACAGCCACCACACCCCAGCACUCCCCCCAUCCAUUCAACAGCACUUCCCAUCCUUGUCCUCCAUUUUACCAACUUACUCCAUACUCCAUAUCCUCCACCUACCUAUCCUGGCCCCCUACAGCUCAUACCAAAACAGUAUUUACCACAGCUACUGCAAGACACCCCGAAACAGCUACAGGCAAGGUAGGCAUGGGAAUGACGUCCCCCACCUGCCCCAGGGAUUGAGGUCUGGCCAUCUGAGGGUUGGGAGUGGGUGGAGAGUGGAAGUCUCAAUAAACCUUCAGGACCUGAAUGCACUGGCUUUGUGCAUACAACCAUUUUCUUGGCCCCCAAAUGAGGGGACUUGUAUUCUCCCUGUACCCCUACUUAUGGUGUACUGCCCACCCCCAUGUCCAAAAAUGACACCUGGAGUCAGGCAUUAAAGUGAACCUUGUAUUUCACAGGCUUCA